AUGCUGCCGACCGGCAGGAGCAAGCCGCAGCCCAGGCUUGCGCCGAGAUCUUGGUCCUUCUCAGGUGCGCUGCUCAAUUUCGCGCUCCAUCACAUCAGGCUUGUGAUGAGUAAUUUCCAUGACAUGGACUUCUCGGACCCGAAGCGCAAGUCUAGGUACCUCAGCAAGAUCAUCAUGGUGGCGCUCCUCACGGCCAUGUGCGUCGUCAUGCUCACCCAGCCACCCUGCCACAAGAAGGCUCCCAGUGUGAUAUGUCAGCAUGUCUUUCCUGGCUUCCUCGCAACUGAUGUGACUUAUGAUCAGAUUCUGUUGUCCUCAGCCAACCAGGACCUUCAGCCCGUGCUUGCGGCCAAGAGGCAUAUCCUUGCUCUAAACAUGAAAGAUCUUGCGAAUCCCAAUAUAAUGAAUAUGUGGCUUGAUCAUUUUCAAUCAUGUAAGCAAGAUUGUAUCUCAUUAAACGCACAUAGCAGCAACUCUAAUUAUCAGGUAGUUUGCUCCCAUCUGAUCUGCUUCUGUGAAAGGGUCCUGUACAAGAAGGCGAAGAUGACUGCUCCUGUACAAGAAGGCGAAGAGCGAAAGUCUUCUUUUUUAGUUGUUGCGGAAGUUCCGACCAAGCAUCGCCCAUCAAGCAAAACAGAUUUGGUAGCCGUGUUUGUAUACUUGAUAGCAGAUUUUGUGAUAGCACUUGGUCUGGUAGCAGAUUUUGUGAUAGCACUUGGUUUGGUAACAAAUUUUGUGCACUUGGUUGUGUAAUUUU